AUGGCAAGCUUUUUCGAUAUAAAGGCGCGAAAACAGGCAGCCGCAAAUGGUGCAACCACAGCAAAACAAGAAAAGCAUAACCCAGAGAACACAAGAACACAACCAUGGGUCGAAAAAUACCGUCCCAAAACACUGAACGAUGUCACCGCUCAGUAUCACACCGUAACGGUGCUUCAGCGCACGCUACAGGCAUCCAACCUUCCACACAUGCUCUUCUACGGCCCUCCCGGCACGGGCAAGACCUCAACCGUCCUCGCGCUGGCCAAGGAGCUGUUCGGCCCGGAACUCAUGAAGUCGCGCGUCCUGGAGCUCAACGCCUCGGACGAACGUGGCAUCUCCAUCGUGCGCGAAAAGGUCAAAGACUUUGCGCGCAUGCAACUAACGAACCCUCCGCCCGGCUAUAAAUCAAAGUACCCAUGCCCACCCUUCAAGAUCAUUAUCCUCGAUGAGGCCGACUCGAUGACUCAGGACGCGCAGAGCGCUCUCCGCAGGACCAUGGAGACGUACAGCAAGAUCACGCGGUUCUGUCUGAUUUGCAACUAUGUCACUCGUAUCAUCGAUCCCCUAGCAUCCAGGUGCAGCAAGUUUCGCUUCAAGAGCCUGGAUCAGGAGAAUGCUAGGAGUAGGCUGGAGGACAUUGCCGCCAAGGAAGGAGUUGCUUUGGAGCAGGGGGCUGUUGAUGCGCUGAUAAAAUGCAGCGAGGGUGAUUUGAGAAAGGCAAUCACUUUUCUGCAAAGUGCAGCCAGGCUGGUUGGUGCCGUAGGUGCUGCCGGAGCAGGACAAGAGGACAAGAUGGACGUCGACUCGAGGCCAGUGACGGUGAGGAUCAUCGAGGACAUUGCCGGCGUCAUCCCCGGCAAGACAAUCGAUGCGCUAGUUGAGGCCAUUCGCCCACGAGGUGCCGCUUUGACCUACCAAGCUGUCUCCAAGGUUGUUGAGGAUAUGGUUGCAGAUGGCUGGAGCGCCACUCAAGUUGUUGGCCAGCUCUACCAAGCUAUUGUGUACGACGAGGGAAUCCCAAACAUUCAAAAGAACGAGAUCGUUAUGGUUUUCUCGGAAGUCGACAAGCGUUUGGUUGAUGGCUCCGAUGAGCACCUCUCCAUACUAGAUUUGUGCUUGAGGAUAUCAGUCAUCAUGUCUGCAAGGAAAUAA